AUGUCCGAGCUCCAGAUUCGUCGCGAGAAGUUCUCGCACUUCGAGAAGCACUGCACGCAAAUCACCGAAGGCCUCUACGUCGCCGGGGACCUCGUCGCGAAGAACCGCGCGACGCUGGACGAGCACGGGAUCACGCACGUCAUAAACUGCGUCGGGUUCCUCAUACCAAACUACUUCGAGGGCGACAUGACGUACUUCCCGCUGUGGCUGCACGACACGCCGAACGAGGACAUCAUCUGCGUCGUGUACGAUUGCAUCGAUUACGUUCGCACGUCGCACCGCUCGCACGACGGUCAGGGGCGGACGCUAGUGCACUGCUCCCAGGGCGUGUCUCGGAGCGUGUCGAUAGCGAUCGCGUACGUGAUGUGGAAGGACGGAGGUAACUACGACGAGACGUUCAAGGUGGUGAAAGCGCGAAGAGGGAUCGCGAACCCAAACAUCGGAUUCACGUCGCAGAUUUUAAUCUGGGAUAAGCGGCGUCGGACGGAGAGCCUCCCCGGUGGCGGCGUCGAUCGUCUGUACGUCAUCGCGCCGCAGUCGGAGCACGACCCGAAGUACCUCGUCGCGAAGCAGGUCACCAUCGGCGGCGGCGACGGAGGGAAAAUAGGCGUCGAGUUGCUCGACUCGAGGUGCGUGUUCGUGUUCCAAACGAAAAGCGGCGUCGUUUACGUGUGGUUAGGGAAGGACAGCGAGAGC